AUGGGUAGAAAUAGCAACUCCAAGAAAGCCACAAAGGCCAAGACAACUGCUCCUAAACAAAAAGGACCUAUUCCAGUGACUUUGCUUUCUGGAUUCCUAGGGUCAGGGAAGACAACCCUUCUGGAGCACAUCCUUACUGCAUCCCAUGGUUACAAAAUUGCUGUCAUCAUCAAUGAUAUGUCUUCGCUGAAUAUUGAUGCAUCGCUCAUUAGAAACCAUAAAGUUCAUAAUACGGAAGAGAAGCUGGUCCAACUUCAGAAUGGUUGCAUCUGCUGCACUCUCAGGGGAGACCUUUUGGAAGGACUCACGUCUCUUGCAAAAUCGCAGGAUGUCGACUACAUUGUGAUUGAGAGUACCGGUAUCUCUGAGCCUAUGCAGGUGGCUGAAACUUUCACUACCGAAUUUACUGAAGCCCUGCUUCAAAAUGACUCCGGCAUCCCUGAAGAAAUGAUGGACAAAAAUACUGAAGAGGUUUUGAAAGAGAUCAUCGAUAUUGGGGGCCUGAACAAGCUCGCAUACCUUGAUACUUGUGUCACAGUGAUUGAUUCCAUUAAUUUUCUAGAAAACUUUGAGACAAUCGAAUUCCUCGCUGACAGAUGGGGUGAUAACGGCCAAGGUGAAACAGAAAGAACCAUUACAGACUUGAUGGUCGAUCAGAUCGAGUUUUGUGAUGUCAUUAUCUUGAACAAAACGAGUGGAAUUUCAAAAAAGAAAAUCGCCGACAUUGAAAAGAUUGUCCAUCAAUUGAACCCGGUGGCUCAGGUAUACAAGACCGAUUACUGCAAAAUUGACCUCAAACACAUUCUUAAUACCGGCCUGUAUGAUUUUGAAAAGGCAACUACAUCUGCAGGGUGGCUACAGAGUAUCAAGGAGAUGAGCAUCCGUGAGGGAAAAUUUGGAGACAACCAAUCCAGCAGACUGGCCCCAAAACCUGAAACCGAGGAGUAUGGUAUCAACAACUUUGUGUACACGGCUCGGAAACCUUUCCAUCCGCAAAGAUUAUUUGACCUUCUCGUCAAUAAGUUCUAUGUUAUUGAGCAGAAACAGUUUGAUGAUACAAAGAACAAGGAGGACGAUGAUGAAGAUGAUGAUGAAGAAGACGAUAGUGAGGAGGACGAGGAGGAAGACGAUGAGAAGACUACUGUCAAGAACAAAAAGAAUUCUGCGUUUGGUCCCCUCCUUCGUUCUAAAGGUGACUUCUGGAUCGCUUCCAGGUACAUUGUGAGAGGUGAAUGGAGUCAUGCGGGUACAAUGCUCACUUUGAAAGGAGGUAUGCCAUGGUUUGCCGUCAGCAGAGCAUUUUGGCCGGAGGACCCAAGAGCCGUCGAGAUGAUUUUGCAAGAUUUCCAGGGAGGCUACGGCGACAGACGUCAAGAAAUUGUGAUGAUUGGUCUUUCCAUUGAUAAAGAGCAAAUUACAAAAGCUCUUGACAGUGCUUUGUUGACUGAUGAGGAAAUGGAAAGAUUUGACGGCAUUGUCAAAAAUGGUAACGGUCUGCUGGACAUUGAAAGAAAGCUCAACAAAGCCUUUGAGGAUCCAUUUGAGCCAUGGUUAAUGUUAGAAUAUGAGGAAGAACAAGAAGUGGACGAGGCUGCAGUCGAAUCCAAAAUCGUGACAAAAAUUGAGGAGGCUCUCGAAGAUGAAGGUGAGGAAUCUAGUGAUGAAGAUGACGCCCAAUCGGAGACUUCAAACUCAGAAGAGGUUGACAACUCUGAGUCCUCUGGCGCAAAGAACGAAAAAGAAAAUACCCUUAUUGAGAACUUAGUGCACGAUAUACAGCAUGCUCUACACCAUCAUGGAUCUGGACACAAUCAUAGCCACAGCCAUAAUCAGACUUCUCAAAACCUCGUUGCUGUAGCAGGAAAACUAUAA